GCCGCUCUUGCAAAAGUCGUGUUUAUAACUACGUGAAAAAACAUAAACACAAAAGUUUGAGCACGGAACAGUCAAACGUUAAAGAGGUGUCGGUGUUUGAUGCUAAAAUGUAACGUACAAUUUCUCAAACUCAAAACCAUUUCGCGAAAGAAUUACGAUUAGAAACAACUGUUUCAAUUUACUGGCGUUUCCUCGGUUGCACAACUGACAAUAUUGGGCAAAUUUUCAUGAUCAAACGUCAAGCAUUCAGCCGGGUUUCAAAUCUUGUAUUAAUGAAUAAUCCACAAUGCGAAAACCGCAGAGCGACGAGCAAUUCCCCUUGUUGCUGGUUCUGAUGGGCAAUGACGACGUUGCCCAAAAUAACAAACGGCUUUUCCGGGGAAGACUCGACGGGAUUACGUCGGGGGCUUCCGCCAUCAUCACCGAGUGGCCGAAUUAUUUGAGUUCGUGUUGGUUGACCGCUCUGAUCUGUGGCAUAACCCUGUUCGUCGUUUCCGUAAUGCUGACUUCUUGCAUGACCUACGAGCACCACUUGAGGUUCCCGCGGUGCUCCUCCGAGUACCAGCUAAUCGACAACCGGACGAUUCAUCUAGUCCACAAUUCACACAAAUGGCAGUUAAACCAGCUCCGCUCAGUUGAAAAUAUAGUCAGAGCGUUUCCCGAUUACCAAAUUCACCUCCUCCUUGUCGGCAGUAAAACCCACCAAUACAUCAAACUGCGACGUGCAAUCAGUAACGAAACCCAGACCAACCAAACGAACAAAACCGAGCCCACAAUUGACGACCUAGCCAGGAAAUACCCAAAUAUACUUGUCACCCAGUUAUCCUACGGGGACAUUUUCUCAAACAGCCCCCUCUACUACAGCUGGAUUCGCCUCAACCCGCAGACGAAGCUUUUCGCGAUUCGCGUCUUGCAAAUCUGGCAAUUUGGGGGUUUGAGUUUCGAUCUCCCUGAGAAAGUUGCGAGUAAAAGGUGCAAAAAUUGUACCAGUCUGCAGGAGAUGAAAAUAGGGCUUUUGGUGCGGUAUGGGAAGAAGAGGUACGAAAAGUUGGGGCCUGAUGUGGUGUCAGUUGACUCGAAUGGGCUUCAUAUGGAGGCGAAGUCGCCGUGUCAUGCUUUUUUCGGGAAGGUUUUGGCUAAUCUACGCAAUGCGGGCCAGAAGACCACGCCGAGGGUGGUCCUGAACGGGCCGAUUUAUGCGUUUUGCAAGGCUGGGGUCGUUGAUGAGGAAUUUUGCCCCAAAAACGUCUUAAUUUAAUAAAUUUGUACGAAUUGGAGAUGACUUGUUUUAUUUUUAUUUCAAGCCUGCAUCACACAUUUUACCAAUAAAGCACUAAUUAAAACUA